AUGAACGACGAGAGAUUCCUAGUUAGUGGUUGGGAAGAUGAUAUAAAUGAUAUUGACGAAACAAGGAAUCCAACAGACACAUUAGAGAAGAAAAUACUGGAUGCAUGUGAGAAUGGGACACUUGAAGAGGUAAAAAAAAUCUUAGAAGAGCAUCCUGAUCUAGUGGGUGUGAGAGAUAAGGAUGGUUAUACACCUUUACAUAGGUAGACUAUUUGUUUGCAAUACAACUUAUACCAUGAUCUUUAACACUGCAUCGGUGGCGCUGGUUUUUUUAACACCAGUGGUGGCGUGGGGUAUUGUAUACCCCAUCUAAGGAAUGUGGAUCUUUGGGGUAUAAACAGUAUAAUUAUUAUCAAUGUAUACAAGAACUGUUAAUAAUAUAAUAUAAUAAUACAUCAAGUCACCUAAAUAAGUAACUGUGUAACUGGAGAACUGAACAGAAUGAAGCAAAAUAUAGAAAAAUAAUAAUUAAACUGAAAAAAUAAAACCACUCAUAGUCUCCCUAUUUCACUCAUCUUCAUGGUCGCUGCUUCCGUCACUGGCGUUGUCAUAACAGGCGGUACAUAUAUUAUGUUGGUGAUCCUUGCACACAAAAUUCCGGCAUUCACUGCAUCUAGCUGUUGUUUUUUUAUCAUUUUUCCUGGGACAUAUGUGACAGCGGCCUGUUUUUCUUUCUCGAGCUCCUCCGUCUUCAUUAGGAGUUUCUUGUAUUCUUAGCAAGUUGUGUGCUUUUUGUCGAAUCACCCUCGGUACAUUUUGGCUGUAAAUUCUACGCAUUAUGCAGGGUCUGACCAGUUCUGAUGCAAGACUUUUCAAAAACUGACGCCUCAGUACAUUUACAAGAUUCCCAUUUGUUACAUAUAAAUUUAAUGCAUUUAUAGCCGCUAUAUUCAUUAC